AUGCAGUAUGAGAGAUAUCCCGAACAAAAGUCUCAACGAAUACACUUAAUAAAAGGGUCUUAUUACUACCUCGAGGGACUUCAUAAACAGCAAUAUGGCCGUGACAACUUUGAUGUUGGUGUAAUUACUCCCGACGGCAAACAGCACAAUCCGAUCCCCUCCGAGUUUCUUCGUACAACAACACCACCCAAACCACGACUCAACGAAACCUCCUCCUCUACUCUGAUAACAAUUGCUGCGCAGGCGGGAGCCAAGGCUGGCGCCUCCCUUGGCGUAAAACAAGCAAUGAAGAGUGGCGCAACAGCUGGUGCAGAAGCAGGAGCCAUGGCCGGAGAGAAAGCUGGAGCCGAGGCUGGUGCAAUAGUAGCAAAAGAAACGGCAAUGAAAGUAGCCACUAAAACACUCAGAGAGGCUUUGUUAAAAAUUGGUACUUUCAACAAACCGAUUUUUAACAUUUAUACAGCAAACGGGAGUGUUACUCCAUUGCAACAAGGAGCAAUAUCCCAUGCCGGAGCACAGACUGGAAUUCAAGCAAAUGUAACCGGAACAGCUGGAGCUGGAGCAGCAGCGGGUGCCCAAACAGAACUGAUUACAGAUACAUAUGUAAUAGGCAACGGAGGGUUGGAGUCGCAAGUUGGAGUCACUUUAGGUAUCACAGGAACCCAUGUGAUGACUUCAGGAGAAGCUCAAGGGACGACAAUUACUGGCCUUUUUACACACGCUGUUUUCCACAAUAAAACACUUGUCUAUAUUUAUCCACCUCUUGGCAUAAACGCUUUGAUUUUUGCAAAGAAAAAAGGUCUUAUAGACCCGCGAGGGCUCGCUUUGAAAAGGCAGGACGCCAGCUUUGCGUUUUCCCGAGCGUUUUCAGCUGGUUUUCAGUUUAACCUUAAAGAGCGAAAGGGGUGGUACAUUUGUCGAAGUUCGAAUAAAACCUACCACCGGGCGGAUUUAGAGGCAGACUUCCACUUAGAUAACAUAAAUUGGUUGAGGCGUUGUGCAUUUGUUUUACGACCUCUUUCGGCUACAGAGAGUCCACGUAUGAACUGCUUUGGUACAAAUAAACCACCCCACCCACCCCACACGACAGACAGACCAACAACAAAGCCAACCCCAGUCAAAACGAUCAGCUCAACACCAAAAACACUUCCAACGACCGCAACACCUCAUAAACCUAAAGAACCAUGCAUGUAUCUAAAGUUUUGGAAUAACGCAGGUAUUCCUUUUAUGCUCCAUUCCAGUCUUAAACCAGAGGGUUAUUUAGUAAAAGGACGCAGCCUAGUUCUCCAGUACGUUAUUGGAAGUGGUAAAGUGGUCAAGAGAUCACUUGAUGCUAAUUACGAUGACAAAUAUUUACCCCAGGUCAUGGAAGACUUAGGAGAUAGUCAGCAACUAUUUCUUGACAAGAGUGAAAUCCCAUCAACUGGCAAACAUUUUGUAAGUUUCUGGGCGAGAGAUCCGGCUGGAAAACGCAAGAUUCUCUUGGAGGGAAAGGAGACCUUGUAUGUGACUCCAGGAUUUCAAUGCCAUCACUUUAUAUAUGUGACAGUUACGUCAAGGCCAAAACCAAGUUUUCCAACUAAGAAGCCGACAACACUAAGGCCCUUCACGACUAAGCCUUCAAAAUCUACCUUGUCUACCUCUCCGCCGCCACCUAUACCACAAACACAAGCACCUCCUGCCCCACCUCCUCCUCCACCUCCUCCCCCUCCACCUGACCCUCCACCUCCUACUCCUCCCCCUUCUCCUCCUCCGCCUCCUCCUCCCCCUCCUCCUCCUCCGCCUCCUCCUCCUCCUCCUCCUCCUCCUCGCCCUCCUUCUACACCUCAUGUUCCUCCUCAUCAUACUACUCCUCAUGUGCACGUCCAUCCAACUCCUCCUUCACCACAAAUACCGUCCCCUCCACCGGUGAAACCCCCACCACCACCACCACCUCUACCUCCUCCUCCUCCGCCUCCCUUUCCCCCUUCCCCACCUAUGCCUGUUAGAACUACCAAGCCCCCUAUAACCCCACCACCUUGUAGUCCCACAGGGUCAAAUUUAUCUUAUUCUACAACUAAGCCUGGUCCAUGUACCCCUAGUCCAUCACCAUUUCCAUGUGGCCCAAAAGCAAUAAGUACUCCUGGGAUACCCCUUCGCCCAUGUCGUACCUCUACUACAGCUUUCACCACGCCGAAAACUACGACACCUCCACCCUGCUGGCCAAAUGGCAAGCCUCCAUCCCCUGGCUCUCCACCUUGCAAACCUUCUCCUACUUUUCCUCCUGCUCCUCUUUCUUCUUUUCCUCGUCCUGCACCCCCUCCCACUCUUUCUCCCCCUCCAGUCCUUCCACCUAAUCCUCUCGUUCCUCCCCCUCGUCCUGCUCCCCCUCCCGCUCCACCUCCUCCUGUUCCUCCCCCUCUUCCUGCUCCCCCUCCCGCUCCACCUCCUCCUGUUCCUCCUACUUCCCCUGCUCCUCCUACCAAUACACCUCCUCCUGCUCCCCCUUCUCUUGUUCCUCCUGUUCCUACUGUUCAUCCUCCUCCUGUUUCCCCCCCUUCAUGCUCACCCUCAGCGUCCCCGAAACCAUCUAAUACUUUACCUCCAUGCACAUCAUCCACACCAAAUCCAAUCACAUUGCCAACAGUUGCUUCUGUCACCUUGCCAACACUACCACCAAUUUCAACGCCUCCCUUGGUUCCAGGAUGUAUGCAGACUCAUGGAGGGACCUCAAUGGGAGCCUGUUGCAUAUUUCCAUUCAUCUAUCGAGGCAGCCCGCAACACCGCUGCACGAGGGCUGAGAGAGGUUACCGCUGGUGCUCAUCCACAAGUGACUACGACAAAGACAAGCUGUGGGGAUUCUGUGCGGCAUGCUUCCUUUCUCAUGGAGGUAAUUCAAAUGGUAACUGCUGUCAUUUCCCUUUCGUGUAUAAAGGUACAAUACACCCAACCUGCACCACUCACGAUGCAUCCAAGCCCUGGUGUGCCACCACGUACAACUAUGAUAUUGACAAACAGUGGGGCUAUUGUGGAGGUGAUGCCCCUGGUUCGGCUCCUCAGCCCAAGAUUUCUUACGGACCAUGCUCCUUUGAGUGUGAUGGGAAAUGUAUCGAUUCAUGUCCUGACUACUGCUGUGUAAAGAACAUGAGACAAAGGAAUACGCAGCAGACAUUACAAGCAACAUUGAAUCAGGCUCAGCAAGGGUCGACAGCCCAGCAAGUAUCACCGAUUCCAAAUACAUCAUCAGAAUGUCCAGCUAUUUGCAGUAAAUUCUGUGCCCCUGAUUGCCCCUUUCGCUGCUGUAAUCUUCCUUCGCUUCCUUCUCCUUACGUGCCCAGUGUCGACCCAUCACAAGUCCACUGUCAACCUAUCUGUCUCAGAGUUUGCUUCAAUACUUGCCCACGGCAAUGCUGUCCGACGACGCAGUCGGGCGUAACUCGUGAUACUUCUUCCUACACACUAACCCUUCCCUGUCCAGCUAACUGCUACCAUAGCUGCCAUGAUAAAUGCCCAAUGCAGUGUUGCAAGACAGCACAACAUGAGAAAAGGAGAAUUCCAGUUCUAGAUAACUACUCAUCAUCCCCUCUUAGUGUUCGAUCCACGUCAGUUUGUCCUGCUAGCUGCCACACAUCCUGUUCCAGAUCAUGUCCAAAGAAUUGCUGUAAAAUGCAGAUCGACAAAGCAGGCAAGAGUAAACGACGAGGUUUAAGUAAAUCUGUAUGUAAAGAUGGUCAUAUUACAGCCGGGGGAAAUGCACAGGGAGCAUGUUGUAGGCUUCCCUUUAUUUACAAAGGCACAGUUUUCUGGAGAUGCACAGCUGAAGACGCUGACAAAAAAUGGUGUUCAGUCACAAAAGUUUUCGAUCUUGACCGAAAAUGGGGCUACUGUGCUUGAUUGAAUAAACGAUUGAGUGAAGUAAAAAGUGGUCAUCUAACCUGGACGAAAUUCUGGAAGGGAACGAUUAUUGAUCGUGGAAUACAUAUGAGGAAGCGUGUGUUGAAAAAGAUGUCAUUUAUGUAAGUCUUCCUUCAAAGUCCUGGAAACAAUAAAUGGCCUUAUGGACUUCGAAGGGAUAA